AUGGCGAGCCUCCGGAUCGAUGGCAGUGGCGCGCCCUGGCACCCGGGUGCCGUGGCUUCGCCCGUCUACAGCCGGCUGCCUACAAAUGGGGACGACUCCGGCCCAGACGUCGAGAUCCCCGAAGUGAUGAAUGAGAAGCGCUGCCCGCCACGGUCGCCGGCAAAGUCGGCGAGGUCCAAUCGGGAGCGCAGGAAGAUGCUCGUCACAAGUGACGACCACUUUGUCCGGUCCGAGCUGGUAACGCAGGCAGCAGAGCUCUGCCCCACUUGUGGAAAUUCUCUGAAGGAGUCUUUCACGGGCCUGGGAAUUGUGGCUUCGAUUUAUACAGAGAUGCCGCCACGGCACUUGAUGCACUUCCUCUUCGUCUUCUUCUCCUACCUCCUCGUGAUUCUGACCGGGGCGGUUCAGAUGCAGCUCGUGGACUCUUCCUUCUUCCGGGCUGUCGGUCUGCUCCUGGCGGUCCUUCUGUCCUUGCGCGCCAAGAACGCGGUCUCCAGGCGACAGAAGCUCAUGGCAGGAGUCCUGGACAUGAUGAACAGCGCCAAGAACAUCCUCUACCUGCUGCAUUUCGAGCCCAAGAGUCAACUACGGCUCCGGCGGAUGCUCGAGUUCUGCUUUCUGGAGGUGGCAGCUUGGGCGGCGCCCAGCACCGACGGCGAAGUCACGGUGAGCCUGGACAUCCUCCCAGACGAAUACCGGGAGGCUGCCUUCGUUCUCCGCGCCAAACAGUCGGCGCACAUCUCCCCGCGGCCGCUGCUGCUGUACCUGCGGGAGAUGUGCGACCAGCUCUUUGACCCCGACCUCGCGACAGCCUUUGCUGGGUCGGAAAAGAUGGACAAGGUUUCCAUCAUCCGGCGCUUCCAUCGGAACAUGGAGGAGGAGCUGCACAUGCUGUUCUCCAAGUUCGACUUCCUGCUCAUGUUCCGAGAGAACUUCGUGACUUCGCAGUUCCGCUGGAUGCUGGAGACCGUCAUCUUUGUCUACGUCGUCCUGUACCCUUGGUGCGUCUGCAAUGAGUCCAACUUGGUGUUGGGCGCCACGACGGUUGGCAUGGCCUGCGUCUUCUACGGCCUUAACGCCCUUACAGAGCAGCUGGAGGAUCCCGUGCACCACCAGUCGCAGGGCUUCGACCUCUGGACUACCUUUGUGAACUUGUUCGAGGAGUUAGACCGCGACGAGGCCGUGCGGGACUGUUGCCGGAAGUACCUCGAGAAGCACAAGGCGGAGGGGAAGCCUCUCAACGAAAACCUGCACCGGCAUUUCGAGGCGGAGAUGCAGGACCUGCUGCCACCAGCGCUCUUCAGCAGUCGUCCUUCCCUGCCGCGGAAGCGUGAGGUCAGUGUCCGCUGA